CGAGCCGAAGGCCGCGACGAGCCUCUCCUCUCACCUUCUCUUUCGGCCUUCCGCGACCGCGGCGAGCAACGACGACCACGGCGAAGAUGGCCGCUUCCUUUGCCCCCCACGGUCACCUCCUCCUCCUCCUCCUCCUCGUCGCCGUCGUGUUGGCUUGCCUCGGCACCGCUGCCGCGGCUGGAUCUGGCGAGGGGUACACGAUCGCCGGCCGCAUCAAGAUCGAUGGUGCGAAUGCGAAGGGCUUUGGUCUUCCAGCUAAGACAUCAAACACAAAAGUGAUACUUAAUGGUGGUCAGAGGGUUACAUUUGCCAGGCCAGAUGGCUACUUUGCUUUCCACAAUGUGCCAGCUGGAACUCAUUUGAUUGAAGUUUCCUCAAUCGGUUACUUCUUUUCCCCUGUUCGAGUAGACAUCAGUGCAAGGAAUCCUGGCUAUAUUCAAGCAGCAUUGACUGAAACCAGAAGAGUUCUAAAUGAGCUUGUGCUGGAACCUCUGAAGGAAGAGCAGUACUAUGAGGUGAGGGAGCCUUUCUCCGUUAUGUCACUUCUGAAGAGUCCCAUGGGGUUGAUGGUCGGUUUUAUGGUCCUAAUGGUCUUCGUGAUGCCCAAGAUGAUGGAGAACAUAGAUCCUGAGGAGAUGAAGCAAGCUCAAGAACAAAUGAGGAACAACCCUGUUUCAUUCUCAAGCUUGCUAGCCAGAGCGCAGGGCUAGAAGUAGAAUAUGGGGAUAACGCAAAGGGGUCUGUCUAGUCGAUAAUGUGAUGAAGAGCUGUACUAAAGUGCUUCACACGUCGCUAAGAGUGAUUUCCUGGGGAUGUGGAAAUUCUUUCCCCUAUUUUUACUGUAUUUUAAGCUGUAAUUUAUCUGUGAUGUAGAACCUUCUGAAACCUCUAGCUGAACUAGUCAUGCAGUACAUUAACAUAUACCCGGCAGGUUGAGUUAUUUUGUUGAAAAUAUACGUUUUGUUUGAAUCAGCUGAA